AUGCCUUCAGAUAGUUUUCUUCCAAGUUUGAAUGAUGUUAUGGACCCCUUAUAUCCUCAACAAUUGGAGGUACUACGUCAACAAGUUUUAGCAGAGGGUGGAGAAACAGCUACAACUCAAGCCCUUUUCAACUAUGCGUGGGGUCUUAUUAGGUCUCAACUAGUUGAUGACCAAAGACUAGGCGUUAAGAUAUUAAGUGAUAUAUACAAGGACACCCCAAGCAGAAGAAGAGAAUGCCUUUAUUAUUUAACGAUUGGUUGUUAUAAAUUGAACGAGUAUCAAAUGGCUAAAAGAUAUGUAGAUGUUUUGAGUUCUCAUGAACCAAAUAACAAACAAGUACAGACUUUGAAGAAGAUGGUAGAAGAUAAAAUCGAACGAGAAACAAUGAAGGGCCUUUUAGUUGGAGCAGGUGUAAUAGCAGGUAUUGCAACAGCGGCUGGGUUUUUCUUCAGAUCAAAAAAGAAAUAA